AUGCUUGUCAACCAACUAGUCCGAGACCAGAAGAUCGCAAUUCUUGCACUCCAAGAAACGCACCUAGAUGACAGGCGUGCCAAUUUGCUCAAAGGUGUCUUUGAGCGCAAUAUGGACAUCAUGUACUCGCCAGACCCCGUUAAUGCGACUGGGGCACGGGGUGUUGCCACCGUGGUAAACAAAAGAAUCCUGAAAGACUGCUCCCCGACAGUACGUAUAAUAGUGCCGGGGAGGGCGAUCCUGACCACUGUGCGGUGGGCCGCGGACCGUACACUUAAAAUCCUAAACGUAUAUGCCCCGAACGAGGCCGCAGCAAAUGCCAACUUCUGGAAGACCAUUGAGGAUGCAAACCUGGGAAGAAUAGACAUACUGCUGGGGGAUUGUAAUGUAGUUGAAGAUAGGGCGGACAGGCUUCCACCCCGAGAGGACCCAGAAGCACCGCGGGAAGCCCUGCAAGCCCUAUGCGCCAAACACACACUUCUUGAUGGAUGGAGACCUGCCCACCCCCUGGAAAAGGGCUUCACGUACCUCCAGGAAAGUACCUCAGCCCAGUCAAGGCUGGACAGAAUAUAUGUCCGCCGUGCAAUGGCCCGAGACUGCUCGGACUGGAGCAUCGUAGAGCCAGGGAUACCAACUGACCACCUGAUGGUGGUGGUGGCAGUGGAGAAUUACAAAGCACCCUUUAUAGGGAAAGGCCGCUGGGUCAUGCAACCGCAUCUCCUGGAGGAUGAGGAUAUGAAGAAGACAAUGAUAACGCUCGGAGCUGAACUGGUCCGUGACAUCAACGGCCUGACCGCCAGGACACCAGAACGGAACCCGCAAACGCUAUACGCAAACUUUAAACACAAGCUGAUCCAGGCGGCGCGAACACGUGCCAAAGAGAAGAUCCCUAAAAUGCAGAAAAGGAUGGAGAGGCUGAGGAGUGAUCUUAGAGAAACCCUCCAG